AUGUCUUCCUCUCCACCCUUCCCCAUAAAUCCCCAAUCCUCUUCCCCCUCUCCCUCUCCCAAUCCUCUUCCCACUCCUACACACUUAAUCCCCACGUUUUUACCUUCAUUCAAUCCCUUCCCCUCCCCCUCAGAUAGCCCCACGUGUCAUCCCCUCUCCCAACCCAAUCCUCUUCCUCCCCAACUAAUCCCCACGUGUCCUUCUUCUGCAGGGUCCGGGGGGCGUGUCGGGGGCCCAGCGGCGGAGUUCUCCCGGCACGAGGUUGUGUUCCCCAGCGUCCGUCACGGCAGAACUAAGAGACAUCUGCACUCCACCGGCCAUGAGGAUGGACACGUGCACGACGUCACGCUGGGCUUCACCCUGGGGGAUCAAGACAUACUGGUGGACCUGCAGCUGAACAGAAACCUGCUGCCCAAGGACUAUUUUGAGAAGUACUAUCAGAAUGGGAGUCAUCAUAUCCAUAGGCCUAAUGGAGAAAUGGCGGGCCUGUGCCACUACCAGGGCGUGGUGCGGGGGCGGCGGGGCUCGUGGGCGGCGCUGUCCACCUGCCACGGCAUCAGCGGCGUGGUGUUUGACGGGGAGGAGCUGCACUAUGUGGAGCGAGUACCUGAGUCGCCGCCGGUCCUGCAGAGCCCCCACUACGUCUUCAAGCACUCGCACGUCAUACCGCAGAACCUGUCCUGCGGUUACUCAGGGAAACCUCACCCAGUGCGGGACUUGUUCCACGACGAAACCUUCACCCGCUUAUUAAGGUACAAGCGUAGUAGCAGUAGCAGCCCCAAUAGCGUCGACAACAAUAGGAUCGACGCCAACACCAACACCAACGCCAACAUCCGCGGCCCGUUCAACGCCAACCCCCUGUCGCGGUACGUGGAGUUGGUGCUGGUGACCGACAGCACCGAGUACGAGAAGUAUGGGCACGAGGAGGCCAGGCUGUUCCAACGGUGCAAGGACAUCGCCAAUAUUGUGAAUGCGCUGUAUCAGCCGCUCAACAUCUUCAUCGCGCUGGUGGGGGUGGAGGUGUGGAAGGACGAGGACCAGGUAGAGAUCUCCAAGGACGGGGACAAGACGCUCACCAACUUCCUCAACUACCGCAAAGUUCGCCUCAUACGGGAGCACCCCAACGACAACGCCCAGCUGCUGACAGGGAAGCAGUUUGACGCGGGUGUGGUGGGCAAGGCGCUGAAGGGGCCCAUCUGCACCUACCAAUACUCCGGGGGCGUCAACAUGGACCACAGCGAGACGGUGGGCCUGGUUGCCACCACCGUCGCGCAUGAGAUGGGGCACAACUUUGGCAUGGAGCACGACAACGAGGAGGAGUGUGAGUGCCCGGACAAGCGCUGCAUCAUGGCGCCAUCCUCGGGGUCCAAGAGCCCCACCCACUGGAGCAGCUGCAGUUAUGAGUACCUGGCGCUGUCCUUUGAGCGUUCGAUGGACUACUGUCUACGCAACAAGCCGGCCAGCCUGUUUGACUCCCCGGUGUGUGGGAACGGCUUCGUGGAGCCCGGCGAGCAAUGCGACUGUGGCCUGGCGGACUACUGCACCAACCCCUGCUGCAACGCCACCACCUGCAUGCUCUACCCCAAUGCCACGUGUGCUACCGGCCACUGCUGCGACCUGGAGACAUGCCGCCCCAGAAUGGCCGGCAUAGAGUGUCGGACAUCAGUGCAUGAGUGUGACCUUCCCGAGUACUGCACCGGCGACUCCGAGUACUGCCCCAACGACGUGUUCAAGGCGGAUGGUCACCAAUGUCAGCGAGGACAGGCCUUCUGUCACGGGGGGAUGUGCCGCACCCACGGGGAACAGUGUAAGCUGCUCUGGGGUCCCACGGGUCAGAGCUCGGAUGAUCAGUGCUACCGGAUGAACACCCAGGGGAGCCACAAGGGGAACUGUGGCUACAAUUGGGUUAAUGACACUUACUACCGCUGCAGCGACCCGGACGUUAAGUGUGGGCUGCUUCACUGCAUGCACCUCAACGAACGCCUCGAGUUUGGCAUGGAGAGUGUGAGCAAGGUGUCACACAGCUUCCUGAAGGGCAAGGAGGGCGUCAUCCCCUGCCGUGUGGCCCUGGUGGACAUGGGCCUGGACAUGGUGGACCCCGGCCUGGCCCCUGAUGGCGCCAAGUGUGACCGCGGCAAGAUGUGCGUCAACCAGCGGUGCAUGGCGGUGGCCGACCUCAAGGUGGCCACAUGUAACUGUAACGGGAACGGCGUGUGCAACAACUUCGGCCACUGCCACUGUGAUGUCGGGUUCGCCCCCCCGGACUGCCUCUACCCUGGGCUGGGGGGGUCACAGGACAGCGGCCCCGCGUCCAACCCCCAUGCCACUAACGCAUUCGUUUUAGGAGUGUUUGUGUUCUUCCUGGGCAUCGUGCCGGCCGUGGUGAUGCUCCUCGGCCUCACCUACUAUGCCCGCGGGAACCUCAAGCUCUGGUGGAAGACGAAGGGGCGUCCUGCCACCUCAAAGCUGCCUCACGUGGACCCCAGCCGGCGGUGUCCCCCCGGUGCCCCGAGUGUGGAGGUGGGGGUGGUGGGGCGGCCGGUGGACCUUGGGGUGCCCGGGGCCGUGGUCAGCCCUCGCUCCCCAACGCCGCCCUCUUCGCACGGGUCCAAGAGCAACAGUCCGCUGCUCAACGGCCACGCCACCGCCAUCGCUGCCGGGGCGGUGAUGGACAAGCCAAACGGCACCUUCUUUGGGAGGCGCGGCUUCACAAUAUCUCCUCCAAGAGACAAUGUCAGUCGGGUGAAUGGGGAGGCUCCUGUUCCUGCCAUCCCCCCUCCACCCCAGGGCAGUGCAGCAGGUCCCCCAGCCAGCAAGGCUGACUCCCCACCCAGCUAUGAGCAGGCCACCGGCAUGGCCAAUGGGCAGCCAUAUGGAUGGAAAGUUAAGCCUCAGCAGGUUGGCAGGAAGACCAUCAGCGGCCCCAGCCUGCAGGGCACCACCAACCCGGCCAUUGCUAGCCACGUUCCCGCCAGGAUUGCCCCGCCACCUCCCCCUGCCACUCAGCAGCAGCCCAGCAUCUUUGCCAGGCCUGUCCCUCCCCCGUCAGCCCCACUGCCCCCUGUUGCUGUGGUCACCCCCUCCCGCCGUCCUCCCCACCUGGCCGUCCGCCCGCUGUCUGUGCCGGACACUGCCUCUCUCAUUGCUCAAGUCUGCAAGCAAGGCAGCCAGGUGGAGGAAACCAUCGAGGCCAAGCGGCCGGAGGGGGACAAGCCAUCGUCAGCAGUGGCCCGCAUCGCCUCCUUCCUCACCAAGAAAGACAAGUCAGGGCCCGAGGCCACUGACACAGACCUGGAGGCCGGCCGCUCCAACACGCUGCCGAGGAAGGCUGCCAAGAUCAAAAGAGAGAGUCUAGUGCAGCUGGAGAUCUCGGCGCCCAUGCAGCUUCAGGCCACGGAACUGCCAGCCAACCUUGUGCCAGUGAGGGCGGCGCCGGAGCCACCAGCAGUCGGCAUCACCAAGCCCGGCCAGGCCAAGGUGUCCCCCGAAGAGAGUGUGAAGCCUGCCAAGGUGUCCUGGGCCCCAUCCGUCCCCCAAGACAAGUCCCCGGUCUCUGGGGACUCUCGGUCCAAGAUGAAGGUGUCCUGGCCCACCCCAGCAGCAGGGCGGAGCGAAGCCGGGGCUGAGCUGCAGCGCAUGGGCAGUGUGCGUGAGGCCCCAGUAACCACUCGUCCAGUCAUCCCCAAGUUUGGGUCGAUGCGAGCGCCCCGGCCAAAAAGCCUGCCCCCCACCCGCCCCUCGGAGCCGCCUCCCCGCCCCCCUCUGCCCAUGAUUCCCGGCACCCCUGACUCAGAGUGUUACUAUGACGACUGCCUCGACACACAGGAUGGCGCGGCACCGCUGGCCAACACCGAUGAGGAUGGCUCGCCCACCGAAAACAUCUACGCCACCAUUGACGAACAGACGCCCGAUGACAGCGACUCACAGCUGCAGGAGGUGACCUAUGCCGCCCCGGAGGAGGCCAAGAGGGAGAAGAAGUCCAUAUUCUCCUUCCUCUACAACAAACCAAAGAAGAAACUCGGCAAGGACAAGGGCUCACCUGAGGAUGACAUCUCCUCUGAGCCCAUCUACACCAACCUUGUGGAGCUCCCGCCGGAGAGGAGCGACGACAAGGUGGACGACGGGGAGACCUCCUCAGCCAGCAGUGCCUCGGCCUCCAUCAGCCCUCCCAGCGGCCUUGGAGGACACAGGACAAGCACCGGCAGCUCAGAGGACGGUGGGCUGCUGUCGGAGAUUGUGACGGAGCUGACCAGCCGUGACGCAGACUUUGUGGGUCCACUGUCCAAGAAGCGCAGGAAGGGCGGCAUGAGUGGGAUGCGGAGUGUCAGUGAGGAAGACAAAAGUGACAGGAAGAGCCCCUCCAAGGGCAAGCCAGCGCUGCCCACCAUCACCAGCGACAGCAACUUGGCGGCCAUCAAGGCAAAGAGCGGCAUCAUGAGCAAGAGCACGUCCGAGCCCUCGGGUUCAGGCAUGGCGACGCGGGCACCGAAGAUACCCGGCAGUGCUGUCUCAGCCUCGCCCAGCACGCCGUCAUCCCCUCCAGCCAGCAGCACCACCGCCGGCAGCAAGAAGUCCUCCUCCCAGCCUGAGCCUCGAGGUGUUCUUAAAUACGUCAAUGCGGCAAAGUCCAAGACCUCCAGUGCUGCCGCCAGUGUGCCGCGCCCUGCUGGCCUGGGCACACACAAGGCAAAGGACAAGAAGACCACCACUCCCACGACUCCUACACCCACACCCACACCCACAACCACACCCACCCCCACAACCACCCCCACUCCCACCCUCACCACCCAGAAUGCUGCCUCCUCCACCACCACCACCUCUACACCCACCACUGCCCCUUCAGCCUCCACCUCCCUGGCCGCCUCUUUAGCAGCUGUGAGGGCAGCCGGUGUAGCAGCUGGUGAAGCAGCAGCAGCAGCGAGUUUGUCAACCAGCAAGAACAAGGGACAGGCCGCUGCGGCCCCCAAGUCCAGUUUUCUUCACAGCAAACCAAGCGUCCAGCCUCCAGUAAGUGUGUCUCAGCCCACCCCCACCACCAGCACCACCUCAACCACAGCUGCCACCCCCUCCACCACCCCCUCCACCACCACCAGUGCCAGCGCUGCAUCUGUACAAACUGUCCCCUCCAGCAGCACGGCGUCAGCACCUCGCCCCAGCAGGCCAGUCUUCCCCCCAGACAAGGUUCUGCUCCUCCCUGACAAGGCUUCUUCAGACACAAAGCCGGCAGACAAGAAGACUCCCACCGAGAAGACUGCCUUCAGGGGCAAGGGAGUCACCAGCGUCACCUCACCCACCAGUGCUAGUGCGCCCGGUGCAGGGCGGGGCAGAGCCACCUCCCCAACUCCCAAGGUCACUUCACCCACGUCCAAGCCUGGGAGUGCUGCAGGAGUGGGUUCCCGGGGCACCACUCCCAGCCGGGGCACCACCCCUGCCCGGGGCACCACACCCCUCAGAGGCAGCACUGGCAAGGGAGGCGAGAAGAGCCGAAGUGUCACGCCCCAAGCCGGGGUGCUGAAGGCACCACCGGCCGCUGGGAGCAAAGGGGAGGCCAAGACUACAGUCAAGGCAGGUGAGAAGCCAGAGAGCAAAGCAGCAGAGAAGGCGCCCGGCAAGACAGGGACCAAAGUCGCUGACAAGCCCGGGGACAAGCCCAAGCGCCUGGCAGGCAAGUCAAUGCCAGCAGGCAGCAGGCCAGCUGUGGGGCUGGAGGCCAAGGCUGCCUCGGCCCCGGCGCAGGGCACCAGUCGGCCGGUGCGUGCCAGCAACUCUCACGUGGCAUCGCUGCAGCAGAAAUUUGAAAAGAAGGAACAAGAAGCCCAAGAGACCAAGGUACCGGGGAGGGCAGCGGCAGCCUCGGCGCGGAGGAGCAUGGAGGUGAAGCCUGCGCUGGCCCCCAAGCCCAAGUAGCCGGGCUGCCCCCGGGGCCGGGAGGCACAGGAUGUUUUGUUACUUGAAGAACACUCAAAACUUUGGCCGUGUGCCCGAGUGACUUCUCCCUCGCCACGCAGGACACACUCACGAGGAGCGACAGUCUGCGGUGAUGCCGCAGGAAAGGCCCAAAGCAGGGAGGCUGUGCAGGCCUGAGUGAGGCAGGACAAACUGUGAUAUGUGGAUGGGUGUGCUCAUGGCCUCCACCUCCACCUUCACCCCUCCUUCACCUCCACCCUCACCUCUGGGACCCUCACCACCUCAGCUCACAUCUCAUGCCUUCAGUUAAAAAGACUCUUAAGCAAGUCUUGGUCAAUACAUUAUACUCUGCAAACCAAAGAUAUUUGUUAUAACUUUUAACAGUAUUAAAUUUUUUUUAUUACGGUUGCAUUUUAUCAUUAGGCGUUGUUGCGUUGGUGCUGUCGGCCGUCCUAGUCCAGUGGCCGAGCUCACCGUGUAUUGUUGUCGUCGGUGCAUUUCCUUUGUACUUAUGCAUUUCAGCUUCUCAUUUAUCACUGGUGGUGCUUGCAGGUUCACUCGGGUGUUCAAGCGUCAACCGGGUGAACUGCAAAUGCAUUCAGAAGGUGUGCCGGCAACGUUGUCCGAGGCACCGUCUUGGGAUCAAUCGUCAUGGCCUUUCUUUUAUUUGUAACUUUCCCGACGGCCAUCGCUGAGUUACAGAAGUGGCAUAUGAGUACCUUUAGCGCUUUCUCUCUAGUUUAGUGUUAUGUGUAUGCUUAGUUACCCUGACAAACACCCGGCCAGCCCACACACGCGAGGCUCGUUUGGCGGACUUGGUUGCCCUGCGUUCUUGCGUAUUUGUGUCAGUCAGGACCAGUAUCUUGCCCUGCAUUUGCCAACAUCAGGUUAACAUACCCAUAGAUAUUUUUUUUAUAGGCAGUCACCCCAAACAGACAGAAAAGACAAUGGUUCACACAUACGGAUGGAGUCAUACAUACCACAACAAGUCAUUUCCAUCUUAUUGCAUUUACCAACAUCAGGUUAACUCACGUAUAUUUUUUGAUAAGGCAGUCACUCAAACAGACAUACAAAAAAGACACUGAUUCACAUAUACGGAUGCAGUCUUACAUACCACAACAAGUCAUUUCCAUCUUAUUGCCAGGGGAGGCGGUGGCUGAGUCGUCAAAGUAACGGCCUCGUGUUCAGGAGGACGCGAGUUCAAUCCCCGCCCGGUGCCACCAAGCUGGGAUUUUUCAGCCGCCGCCGAGUGGCUUAAAACUACCCACAUGCUGUCCAGAAGACCACCUAUCAACCCGGACUCUAGAUUCUAGGAUCAAAGAUGAGUUCUGGGAGGGCAGCAUGAGCCAAUGCAAGAUGGCGCCACUAUAAACACUCGCCUGCGCCAGAACGGGCUGGGCCGACCAUCAGGACCCACCGGGAAGAAGCCUUGGACCGACCAUCAGGAUCCACCGGAAGAAGCCUACCGGCGCAAUAGGCUGCAAUGUAAAAAAAAAAAAAAAAAAAAAAAAAAAAAAAACCCCAACAUCAGGUUAACUGUUACGUAUAUUUUUUGAUAAGGCAGUCACCUCAUAUAGACAUGCAGACAGAAAAGACAAUUAUUCACAUAUAUGGAUGCAGUCGUACAUACCACAAGUAAUUUCCACCUUAUUGCAUUUACCAACAUCAGGUUAACUCUUACGUAUAUUUUUUGAUAAGUCAGCCACCCCUUAUACGGACAGAUAAGGUAGAUUGCUUCGUACAUAUUGAUGCAGUCGUACUUAACAUCACAGGCAGUUUCCACACCAUGUCUCACACUGCAUUUACCAGCAACAGGUUAACUUAUGCAGACAUUGCUUUGGAAGGCGGUCACCCCAAACAGACAGACAGAUAGGACACUGAUUCACACGUUCAGAUCCAACCAGACUAAACACCACAGGUCAUUUCCAUUUCUUAGUGCAUUAACCAACAUCAAGAUAACACUUCCAUAUAUUGUUCUGAGAGGCGGUUACCCCAUAGACAUGCAGACAUAAUAUAGAUCGAUACACACCUAUAAAUGGACUCCAAGAUACUGCCACUGACCACUCCCAAACCGAAUCUCACACUGCAUUUCCUGAGAACAUGUUAACUCAUAUAUAUUUUUUUCUAUUGACAUUUUUUUAUAUUUUUUUUACAACAAAGGAGACAGCUCAAGGGCACAAAAAAAGGAAACAAUAAUAAAAAAAGACCGCUACUCGCUGCUCCUACCCGAAAAUACAUGCAGAUAACCCAAUUUAAUA